AUGAGGGAGUUGGGCUUUCCCAACACCUACACCUUUUGCAAGGCGGUCGCUGAGCACUUGGUGAUCCGCGCCUGCGACUCCGAAGGUCUGGAUGUAAGGAUCGUCCGCCCUUCGAUUGUUGGGCCUGCCUGGGCAUGCCCAUACAUCGGAUGGGCUGGGGAUAAGCCCUCCACCAUUGUGGGUGCAGGGACGCUCCUUGCAAGGCGCGGUGUGCGAGUCUUCCGAGACGCCUUCGACCAUCCCUGCCCUGUGGUGCCGGUGGACAUGGUUGCCGACAUCACGGUGAAAGCAUUGGGCGGGGCCUUCAGCAGCGAGCAUGGCCGAAUCUUCCAGGCCUGCUUGGACUCUUCAGAGGCAAAGCAGAUGCCUUCCUUCAAGUUUUUCACGGCGCACUACUACCAGCUGCUCGCUCUGAGGGGGAGCAUGUCCCUCCCAGAGCUGGGCCUAAUGGCAAAGCUCCUGCGCUGGUGCGACAACGCCACAGUUUUUCACAUCAUGCAUGCGCUCAUCAACGUCCUGCCCAUGAAGCUUUUGGGCAUCGUCCGAAUUUGUUUGGAGUGGAUUUUCGGCUUGCUGGGUUUGAGGUUGAGCAAGCAGUUUUCGACGACCGUGAAGGUUCUGGAGUCCUGCUGCACGCUUCCAAUGCAGUACCACAACUUCUCCAGCCCUUGUGUGCCCUGGCAUUUCCAGUCUACCCUGCGCCUGCCAGAGCAGUGGGACUUCCACGA